AGUCUGCAAUAGCCAACUCCGGUCGAUUUUGGAAAAAAUGGGAGGAACUGCAAGAAUCCUAACCCUCUCCAUAUCUUCUACCUCCAUCCCCCGCCUCUCCUUUUCUUCUACCUCCAUCACCCGCCUCUCCUUCUCUCUUCCCUCUUUUCCCAAACGCCACCCGCCUCGUAGGGUUUAUCAAGGGUAUAGGGCCCUCUCCUCCAUUGCCGCCGCCCCUAUUACAGACGAAGCAUCAUUAGAAUCAUCAAAACACUCUAUCCUCCUUGAACGCCUUAGAAUCAGACACCUCAAAGAUUCGGUAGGUAGUACUAACAAAAGUAAUGGUAAGAAGCCACAGUCGAUACUGGGCCAGGAGAGUGAGAUUGACGAUGGGUCUUCCAAGAACAAGGAGAAAGUGUUGAGCUUUUCGGAAUUGGGGUUGAGUGAGGAGGUUUUGGCUGCUUUAGGGGAGAUGGGUAUUACAGUACCCACUGAGAUUCAGAGUUUGGGGAUACCUGCCGUUCUUGAUGAAAAAAGUGUGGUUUUGGGGUCUCAUACUGGCUCUGGGAAGACUCUUGCUUACUUGUUGCCUCUGGUUCAGUUGUUGAGACAGGACGAGGCAUUAAAUGGCAUGGUGAUGAAGCCCAGGCGUCCGCGUGCUGUUGUCCUCUGCCCAACACGGGAGUUAUGUGAACAGGUAUUCAGUGUUUCAAAGUCUAUUAGUCAUCAUGCUCGAUUCAGGUCAACAAUGGUUAGUGGUGGUGGUCGUCUAAGACCCCAAGAGGACGCACUGAAUUCACCAAUCGACAUGGUGGUGGGAACACCUGGCAGGGUUCUUCAACAUAUUGAAGAGGGCAACUUGGUGUAUGGUGAUAUCAGAUAUCUGGUGUUGGAUGAGGCAGACACCAUGUUUGAUCGGGGGUUUGGUCCAGAUAUUCGCAAGUUUCUUGGCCCAUUGAAAAACCGUGCACUUAAAGCAGAUGGUCUAGAUUUUCAAACUGUUUUGGUGACUGCGACAAUGACAAAAGGCGUGCAGAAGCUAGUUGAUGAGGAGUUUGAAGGGAUUGAACAUCUUCGCACUUCAACUCUGCAUAAAAAGGUUGCUUCUGCUCGCCAUGAUUUUAUCAAGCUUUCGGGUUCAGAAAACAAGCUGGAAGCAUUGCUACAGGUUCUCGAGCCAAGUUUAGCGAAGGGAAAUAGAGUGAUGGUGUUCUGUAAUACGUUGAAUUCUAGCCGUGCAGUGGACCAUUUCCUUAGUGAAAACCAACUCGCUACUGUUAACUAUCAUGGUGAGGUACCUGCUGUUGAAAGAGUUGAAAACCUAAAAAAGUUCAAAAGUGAUGACGGAGAUUGCCCCACGCUCGUUUGUACGGAUUUGGCAGCUCGAGGAUUGGAUUUGGAUGUCGAUCAUGUUAUUAUGUUUGAUUUUCCCUCGAACUCUAUUGAUUAUCUUCAUCGGACUGGGAGGACUGCUCGCAUGGGUGCAAAAGGAAAGGUAACAAGCCUAAUUACAAAAAAGGACCUCACUCUAGCCAACCGUGUUGAGGAGGCCAUGAGGAAAAACGAGAGCUUAGAGUCUCUCACCAUAGAUAACGUUCGAAGAGACAGUGGCAGGCCGAAACUGCAAGACCAUAAAGCAAAAGGUACAAGGCCAGUCAAAGUGUCCUCCGAUCAAAGAAGCAACAAAACUUUUUCGUCUGCAAAAUCACCCGCCAAAAGCUUCUCGAUGCCUAAAUCUGGUAAAUCUGUCACCUUUUCCAAAUCACCCACUAAAAGAACUUCACCAGGCCCCAAAUCUGGUAAAGCAGUAGCCUUUUCCAAAUCUAAGAAAACAACGGCUAACCCUUCCUCCAAACCACCCACGUUUUCAAAACCAAACAGCUCUAAAAGACCUAUCGUGACAGCUGGUGGGAAAACUCGCUCAAUUGGCCAGAAAGCCGGUGUUGUGAAAUCUCCUUCAAAGCUGAAUGUUGUCGGAUUCAGGGGACGGAGUUCUUCAUAAGAUUGAACGAGGGCUAGUUCAAUCACUACAUAAAAAGACAGUUUAUUGAAUCUUGGUGUUUAUUUCCAGGUAAGAGCGAGUAGUCUUGGUUUUGUAGGAGCGAUAUUUCCUUGAGAGUCGUAAAUUAUGACACCGGAGAAAUCCGGUAGUUGACACUUGCCGCCCAUCAGUAUAUUCUUUUGCCAAACGGAUUCUUCUUCUUCUUCUUCUUCUUCUUCUUCUUCAUCUUGAAAUCCAUUGAGUUGUAUAACAGGUUCUUCGUAACUGUAACUGUAGCAAGCUUUUAAAUGAUGAACCCAUUUUCGUGAAUGGCCGGCACACAUGAACAAUGUCAAGGCACAGAAGAAAACUGAGCCAAUGGCUAAGCAGAGGUGUGAUGCCCCCUCGGUUAGAGGGUGGCUCGGUAGCGGGCGAGCCAUUGUUGGUUUUGGUUUUGGUUUUGGUUUGUAGUUCCUUCCUGGCUUGAUGUAAAAGAUGAUGCUUAUGUUUUAUAGUGUAAUAUUGUGGGGGUAGGUUUAGAGGGUUUGUUGAUGUGGGUAAUGGUUUAAGUUUUGUGGUUUUGGUGGCUUAACGUAUAACAUGGAACUGCUUUAUUUGCAUUCGAGAACAAUAAUAUGCUUUGUUG